UGUCGCGAUCGUGUGCGGAGACGAGCUUCCGACCUUUUUGAAACAUACAUGAUGAGGAACAGCAGCAGUCGCGAUGGUGGUGGUGGUGGUGAUUCCUCGCGCGCAGGGCCUCCUGAGCUUCGGCUGAGGCCGUUUCCCGUGCGUUCUAUUCGCCCACGUCCGCUGUGGGAACACGCGCUGACGGGCGCAUGCGCUGUUGGCCUGUUUGCUGCCUUUCCUGUGUUCACCAGCGCCUUCAACAUUGCCGUGUUUUCUGGACUGGGCCUCGUCUCCAAGCCACUGCUGCGGGCCGCUGGGAACGCCAUUCGCGCUUCCUUCUACAGGCACGUCCUCAUCUUUGUCCGGGACGUUGGCGGUACCAAGUUCACGUUGUACGGGGAUCUCCCUGGUGACGAGAAUCAGCUGUGCAUCUGCAACCACCAGAGCGACGUGGACUGGCUCACCAUCACAGCAGCCCUGCGCCCUGCCAACUGCGAUGGCCGCUGCGCUUUCAUCCUCAAGAACACGCUCAAGUAUGUGCCCAUGUUCGGUUGGUUCUGGUGGAUGAGUGGCUUUGUGUACGUGCGCAAGUCAUGGCAGAAGGACGAGCCACGCAUCAAGCGCAAGCUCACUGAGAUUGCAGAAUCCGGCCAGAACUAUUCCCUGAUCAUCUUCCCCGAGGGAACACGCUACACCCCACAGAAGGCGAAAGAAAGCCUCGCGUUUGCACACAGCAGAGGAUUGCCUGAGACACAACACGUGUUGACUCCACGCAGCAAGGGCUUUAUUGCGGCCGUGCAGUCGCUUGGCACGAGUCUUGACAGCGUUUACGACAUGACCAUUGCUUACACGUCGGCAACUGGAUCCUAUGUCCGUCCAGAACCUCCAACCCUCUUCGGCACGGUUGGUCGAGAGUACAACCACGUGCACAUCCACGUCCGCCGCCACCGCGCCGCAGAUCUUCCACACAAUGCUGCUGAUAUCGAUGCAUGGCUUCGGAAGAGAUUCGAGGAGAAGGAAGCGCUGAUGCAGCGCUUUCAUCAGGGCUACGGCUUUGACGGCCCGCAAUACGAAUUGUGUGAACGUCCAUGGACCCUCGCAGGACAAAUGCUGCUGGCGGCGUCAUCCAUCGCAUUUCUCUUCGCAACCAAGACAGGCCGCCGCGUCCUCACCGCCGAACUCGUCCUGAGCGGCGUCGUCCUCACAACCGCCGGCGUCGUCUUCCUCUGACCUCUCAACACACACACACACACACAUUCACACACAUACACACACACACACUGCCUCGGCGAGGCUGCUCAGGUGCAGCCUGUAAUUGAAUCACAUCGCCUCUUGGGUCUCUAGCGCUCGAUUAUUCUUGCUUGUUUGCUUGUUUGCUUGCUUGUUGGUUCUGCUCGCUUCGCACUUGCUCUUUGCAGGGCCAUCACAUGUUUGCAUAUCGUCAUUGCAGCUUUGCACAUCGUCUUGGUCGGCUCCCUCGCGUUCGCUUGUCCUCGCUCCUUGCAUCAUGCCCGUGCUUGUCUGUGUAUUGGAUGCAUGUCUACGCUGUCAGUCAAUGAUUACACCAACG